UGAAAUUUGAUUCCUAUAGAAACCUAUGAUUCUGUUAACAUUUUGUUAUUGAUCUAGUUCUUAAGUAUUCCAUAAACGGUAGUUUGAUGAUGAUUUCAAUUAAUCAAUCGAAUUAAGUAUUAAUUCAGUUUGUUAAAUUGAAAUUAAUAUCAUUUUCUCGACUCGUAGUUACAUAAAUAUAAGACAAAUUGGUAAUACAAAACUUAGCCAAUAUUUUUUUCCACCUUCGUUAAACAUGACAUCCCUCUAAACUGGUACAAGUUGCGUACGGACAGAUCCACGAGAGACGCCUGCGUCGGUUCAACGUCGUGACGCUUCUACACAAUCAACGGACUUGUAGAUGCACACCGGGCGUUUGAUAAACCGGCAACGUUUCUGGUAUCACUAAAUUACAGCGGUUAUCGAAUAUUGUACGGAAUUUGUUCUAAUUUGUUUAUGGUUACGAUGUUUUUUGUUUACGUUUUUUUUGGGUGGUCUAAAGUCAUGUGUGAAAGUUUGAAGCGUAUUUAUUAGUUGAUCUAAAUGGAAGAGAAAAUACCCGCUGCAUCUGCCGCAACAGGACCAAAUCAAUAAUAAACUUAAUUUUCGAUUUCGAUUUCGAUAAUCAUCAUACUCCAACGAAUAUAACCGCAAUAAUUAUAAUGUGAAAUAAAUGGGCAGUGAUUAUUAUAAUAUUCAAUAUUAGAUAAGAAAUACUCUAAAAAAUAUAACCAAUGAUUUUCAGUUAGAUCAAUGAAAUUAAUUAAAAAAAAUGCAAAUCAAAUAUCAAACAGCUCCUAUUUCUACGGUUCCUAUUUCUUUUGCGAUCACGGAAUCACCUUUAUCGGUAAACACUACUUCGACUUUCUCAGGACCUAUAGAACUGGCUCUCACGACAAUCUUAAAACCUAUUUCAACAAUAGAUUCAGAUGAAUUAUGGCAUCCGAUAGUUUUUAACGAAAAUUCUAGUCUGUAUUUUGAGAAUAUUGAUAACCUUAUGUCGUUCGAAAUCGGAAACGGGAGUUUUAACAGUUCAAGUAAACAAAAUAGGACAAUAGAAAUGAAUGAUGCUACAGUGAAGUUGGUUUCUAUGGUUGUUACGGCCUUUUUUCUGGGAUUUAUCAUUUUAUCAACAAUAAUAGGAAACGUGUUCGUAAUAGCUGCUAUACUAUUGGAAAGAAAUCUACAAAACGUAGCAAAUUACUUAAUCCUAUCUCUGGCCGUAGCUGAUCUUCUAGUGGCGUGUCUUGUUAUGCCGUUAGGAGCAGUCUACGAAGUGAGUCAGGAAUGGACAUUGGGACCAGAAUUGUGUGACAUGUGGACUUCCAGUGAUGUUUUGUGUUGUACAGCAUCAAUAUUACAUCUUGUAGCUAUCGCCUUAGAUAGGUAUUGGGCUGUAACAAACAUCGACUAUAUUCACCAAAGAACCUCUAAGCGCAUAGGUAUAAUGAUCUUCAUCAUAUGGUUAGUAUCUUUCUUUGUCUGCAUAGCCCCACUACUUGGAUGGAAAGAUCCGAAUUGGGAGGUGCGACUUAGAGACAAAAAAUGUAUAGUUAGUCAAGACAUCUACUACCAAAUAUUUGCGACUGCAUCUUCCUUUUAUCUUCCUCUAUUAGUUAUCCUUAUACUGUAUUGGAGAAUAUUCCAGACAGCACGGAAACGGAUCAGGAGAAGGCAGGUAUUGAGUAAAUCCAACGAAGAAGGAGCUAAGAACCCCGCAGCAGGGGGAAUUGCUGGAGGCCUAGCUGCAGCUAGCGGUACAGGUGGCAUAGCAGCAGCUGUGGUAACUGUGAUCGGACGCCCUCUACCUACAAUAUCUGAAACAACUACAGCGUUUACAAACAUAUCUUCGAAUAAUAGUAGCCCUGAAAAAACUUCAUUUGCUAAUGGACUGGAGGCGGAUCUGCCGACAACUGCAGAAUGUAGUGUCGCGUAUCAACCGCAUCAGUAUCCCAUUAAAAGAAAAACAAGGGACGGUAUGGACUCGAAGAGGGAGAGAAAAGCUGCGAAAACCUUGGCAAUUAUCACAGGAGCGUUUGUUCUGUGCUGGUUGCCAUUUUUUAUAAUGGCUGUUCUAUUGCCAAUUAAUCCUAAUCUAUUUGAUAAAUACUUAGUAUCAAUUUGUCUUUGGUUGGGAUAUUUCAAUUCAACACUUAAUCCUAUUAUUUACACUAUUUUCAGUCCAGAAUUCAGACAUGCUUUUAAAAAAAUUCUGUGCGGUAGAAAUUAUGCCAGACGAAAUAGACAUUUUGGUAUAAGAAAUUUUCAAUGAUGGAGGCCAAGUGGUCGCUUACCUUCAGAUGCAGAUCCGCCAGUAGCAGCGAGAUUAGCCGCGAUAGUUGCAGCACCUGCAGUUGCGAGCGGAUCAAGAAAUGUUACAUUCAAAUGUGACUGAUCCGAAGGUAGGAGAUCACUUAAUACGAUCUCACCGAAUAUAGACAUGGAUAACAGCAGUACAAGUAGCGAAAACAGGAGAGUUAUACUUGAAAUGCAAAGUUUUUAAACAGCGAUCUUUUAGUUUCGUCUUAAUUUAAAAUAUAAAAAAAUAUAUUAGACUCAUAAAACGGGAAAGCGGGUAUCCUUAUGACUAAUUACAUUUAUAUAAAUAUAUCGAUAUCUAAUUAAUUACUAUCUUUAAACGCUACAAUAUUUGUUUGGCUCAAUUGACAGUUUGUAAAAAUGUAACUACAUAUAACUCAGGAUCAACUUCAACAUGUUUAUUUAAAUAGAAAUCAUCAAUCAUUUACAUUUUUGCUAAUAGUUUGAAAUAGUCCUAUGUUACUUCAUGAAAUUUUCAUUUUACUCAUAUCGAUUUUAACCUUGUUUGUAUCAAUAAAUAGAGAAGUGUAGUUUUGAUCAUUAACAGCAGAAAAGCGCGAUACGUAACAUGUGAAAACACUUUCACCCUAAUAAAGGAAUUUUGUUUGCUCCGCUGUUCACUACUAGUUCCACCUUCAACUAAAACGUGAAUUUUCUCUUACGCUCAAUUUUGCACGAAACAAGGUUUUCACUUCACAAAAAUAGCUGUUAAUAACUCUUGUUAUCAGCAAGGAUUUCACAAGCAGUGUCUGAAGUAAUGUGGAAUGGUAGUGUUUAUCUACUCAUUUACGAUUGAAGUACUACUAACGAAUAGAAGUGUUUGUUUCGCUAAAGUAGGAUAUUUUGAAUGGAAUCAAUAUAUUUUUCAUGCAAAAAAUUAAAAGCAAAGCAUCUGAAACUGACAAUUUUAUUCUUUCAAUGAGAAUGUAUUAUACUCAAUUAGAUAUUCUAUUACCUUUUAAUUAUGCAUCGUAAUCACUAUGUUUUAUGCUCAAAGCAUUCUAGGUAUUCGAAGAUUUCUAAUAUCUAUACACGUGUUCAAAGUUUUCCUGAAUGAUUUCCAUAUCCUGGACUCGAAAAUAUGCACGAUCGAACACCCAAUUUCAUAAUAUAAACUAACAACAGUUAUUGAGUUUCAAACAAAUGAGCCUAGCUAGCUCAUUGGGAAUAUUUGAUAUCCACCGUUUUAUUCCACUAUAUAAAUGAGCGUUAAACAAGUUUCAAGGGGCCUAAAAAGCUACGGUCCACCAGAAUAGAUAGGUCAGUAUAUUUCAUUAAUUACAUAUCGCAAACUUGAUAUUCGGAAAUUUUUGGAAAACUCUCUGAACAAUACCAAUAUAACAAACAACACUAGAAAUAAACGAUUUUUAGAACGUUUCAUGUCCAUUACUUCAUACAUUUAUUUGUGAUGUAAAAACUUGUAUAUAUGUAUAUAUUUAUGGGAUAUAUUCAACUCUCAAUUUAUCUAUGUACAAUAAAUAUAAAUAUUUUUAUAUAUUCAAAAUAUUUGUAACCCCUAUCCAAUAUUUGAAAGAACCAGGUUAUUGUAAAUAAAUUAUGUUAUAUAAGAAAUAUAUGUAAAUAUUUUGUAUAUAUCUAAUUUAGAACAUAUUGUGAAUAAUAAGUAUAAAACAUCAAAUAUCUGCAAUAAUGUUAUGAAACGUUUAAUGUAAAAAAUCUCUAUAUCUAUUAAAUAAUAUGUGGUUUUAUCUAUCUCGAUAUCUAGUUAAAAUUUGUGAUGUACAAUCAUUUACAUGGGGAAAAUUUUGAUCAAAAUAACGUUUCUUUUUCCAUAAACAAGCUUUGAAUCGUACUAUCAAAGUACUUUUUUCAUCGGAUGCAUAAUACUUUAAUCAAAAACUAUAUCAAUUGGUGACUUCACUACCUAUGUUAGCUUACAAUGUGGAAACUGAACGUUAGCUGUUGUGAUCUAGUUAUAUUUGCAUUAAAAAUUUAAUUUUAAUCAGCAGUCUGAUUAUAUUCUGCGAAACUAGCAUAAACAAUUAUUGAUACCAUUGAAAAGAUUUUUCAAUAUCUAAGAGAGGUGUCAUUUGUUAUCGAAUCUCGUUGGAAAAUAUCAACCACGAUAACCAGGUGACGACGCUUGUCAUAUCAGAUAAGUUCAGACUGGCUUAUGUAUGUCUGAUGCUGUGAAAACUUAUGACUAGCACUGUUGACUAGCACUGUAUGUCUGUUAACUGUGAUACAUCCAAGACGAUUCCUCAUGUACCCGCAUUGCAGUAAAAUUAUUUGGUCAUCAAUUAUUCGAUUUUAUUAAACUUUCAGCUAUAUUGAUCUUGAAAACAUUUUACAGAUAUAGAAAAUUGAAAACAGUUUGUAUUUAAUGCAAUCAGUAUCCAAAUACUCCUUACGCACAAAUAACUAUUUGAAGAAAAACUGCUUAAUGAAAUUACCAUUUUUCUAAAUCCUCUGAAAUAACCAAUAAAACUUUCAGCGAUACCAUUUGAUUCUUACCGUUGUUUUGAAUGAAAAAUCACGAUAUUAUCGCCUGAUAUACAAAUGAUGUACUAGUACGGUUAUUCCUCAUCUUUUUUUUGCUAUAAUCUAGUCAACUUCCCAGUUUUCUAGGCAAUGGAGACUGUCAUCAAUCGAGCUACAUACUAUACGUAUGAAGUACUUGGUGAUUAAACAUUUGAAUACUGAAUCUGUUAACUCUAAUGAAAAAAUGCCCUAUCUUGAUAAAAAUUAGCUUUUACAAAAGAUACUAUCAGUUCUGGAAGUUUCAGAAACGGUGUAUUGAAGUAAUGAUAAUAAUAAUUUCAUUGCUCUAUACGAAUAUCCUGAAAUUCGGGAUAAUCAAACUUCCUACUCAAUAUGAGAAAAUAAAGUGUCAAUUUCCAUUUAAAGGUUCUAUACAAUUAACAAAAUAUGGGAAACAACCGAUAUUAAUUCUUAACUUUUUUAUAUGCACACUUAAAUCAUGGUUUAAUCGACAUAGGUAUUAUUGAUUAGGAAUAUUUCGUUCUCCUUGUUUGUCACAUCAUGCUCCUUUGUUUAAAUAGAAAUCGCAAUAUAUUUCACCUUAGUUCGUCACUCUUGUGGGUCAAAAGUAAAUCAUUUCAAAACAAAGAUAAAAACGAUCUAUUCUGGUGACAUCAACAAAUGAAGCUAUUUGAUGAAAUUGAUAGAAGAAUUCCUUUAAUGGAAAGUGCUUCUCAAUGUAGUCCUGCACGCAGGUUAUAGUAAAUACUAUGUUAAUUUUUUUAUUAUAUCAUCGACAUUCUUUUGAGCCCAAAGAUUGUCGAGGAUUAAAUUAUUUAUUGAACUAAAUUCAUUAAAAUCAUAAAACAUACGUUGAUCAAAUGUAUUCAUGAAUUUAGUUUUUUAUGUUAAGUAUCCCAAAAAUGUAAUAUAAAUGAAUAUACAA